AAAUACAAGGACUUUCCGUCACAGUACUUUUGUUCCGUCAGCGCAGCGGAUCCCAUACGAAUAUCAGCAGCCUUACCAUAAAGAUACAGUAAAGUUUGUUUUAAAGCAGCAAAGAAAAAGAUCAAACGCAGCGCAUCCGCUGAACAGUCUUGUGAAAAUGCGCACUGUUUAUAUCACCCCCCUGGUCACCUCUCUGCUUGUCCUCUUUUCGGGCACGGCCGCGCAGCCUCCGCCCGCACCUGCGCCUGCCCCAGCUCCUCCAGCACCGCCCGCACCACCGCCUUGCAAUCCAUUCAUCCAAGUUUGCCCGAAUCCAAAUUGUACCGAUUCAUCAAAUAUAGGACAAGUCUACAUUGCAUCUCCCAACACCACAGCUUAUUUCUACGUCGGAAAGCCGGUCAACGUCACAUGGACAUAUUCAGCAGAAACAGACACGUCAAAGUUCCCCAUCAACAGUGUCCACAUUUACUAUCAAAAAUCAGAUGCACAAAAGUGGGCGGAGGUGGCUUCUGUCCCUGCGAGGGCCACAAACUAUAGUUGGGCGCUUGAGGACUUUCAAGCAGGCACCGGAGGGAAUUUCAAGAUUCGUAUUGUACCUGAUAACAUUGACCGCUCGGGGACUACGGGCAUCCCAUCAUCAUGCACACCACCAGGCUGGCCAUCGAUAGGACAGCAAGAAUUUACGAUUGUUAGACCGUUACCCCUGACUCCCAUUGCGUCCGAUCCAUAUCCUGCGGCGUUGAGUUCAGGUUCCCGGACCAUCGCCUCAGGAUCCGUUAUGACUGCCCUCAUCCUCUUGAUAUCGUAUGUUCAAACUGGGUUAUCGUAUGCAUAGUGCUGCCGAGUUUUGUGUUAGAAGGCAAGGGGUGGGACACUUUUUAGAUUUUAUAGUCAUGUAGCAUAGUAGAAUGUUUAUAUUUAGUCGCAUUUUGCCGUGUGUUUAUACAGUUAAUCUCAUAUCUCGAGACAUUUUGAAUUAAAGGAUAUAAGAAUAUCGC